GGGUUGUGUGAGGUGGGGAAGUUAGAUGAGGGGAUGCAGUUGUUUAAGAAAAUGGGGGAGGACUAUUGUUGCCCUAAUGUUAGGACCUAUACGGUACUUAUUGAUGCAUUGUGUGGUUUAAGUAGGACAAUGGAAGCCUUGAAGUUAUUUGAAGAGAUGAAGGAGAAAGGUUGCGAGCCCAAUGUUCAUACUUACACUGUUCUCAUUGAUGGCAUGUGUAAAGAUGGUAAACUUGAUGAAGCGUCGAGGUUGAUGAUUCUGAUGUCAGAAAAGGGAUUUGUUCCUACCAUAAUUACUUAUAACGCUCUGGUUAAUGGUUACUGUAUGAAAGAAAUGGUGGAUGCUGCCUUCAAGAUAUUGGAAGUGAUGGAAUCUAAUAAAUGUAGUCCUAAUGCCCGAACAUACAAUGAAUUGAUUUCUGGAUUUUGUAAGGCAAAAAAAGUGCACAAGGCCAUGGCAUUACUUAAUAACAUGCUUGAAAGAAAGCUAGCUCCAACUAUUGUAACUUACAACUUGUUAGUCCAUGGACAAUGUAAAGAGGGUCAUGUUGAUAAUGCGUUUAGAUUGCUUAGGUUGAUGGAAGAGAGUAAUGUAGCACCUGACAAGUGGACUUAUGGUCCUCUAAUUGAUGCAUUAUGCAAAAAAGGCAGGGUUAAAGAAGCUAAUGCGUUGCUUGAUUCUCUCAAAGACAAAGGCCUGGAGGCAAAUGAAGUGAUGUAUACUGCUUUGAUUGAUGGAUAUUGUAGGGCAGCCAACAUGGAUAUUGCUUUUAAUUUGUUUGAAAGGAUGCUUGGAGAAGGCUGCAUUCCGAGCUCCUGCACUUAUAAUGUGCUGGUUAGUGGGUUGUGCAAAGAGGGCAAAAUGCAUGAAGCAUCUGAAUUAUUGGAAAGGAUGUUGGAGAGAGGUGUGAAACCCGAUGUUGUUACUUGUUCUAUUCUCAUUGAGAAUAUGCUAAAAGAAUAUGCCUUUGGUUAUGCCUAUGCAAUGCUUGAUAAAAUGGUUUCUCUAGGAUAUAAACCUGAUGUUUGCACUUACACUUCCUUUCUUCUUGCAUAUUGCAACCAAGGGCAGUUGAAUGAAGCAGAGAAUGUGAUGACUAGAAUGAAAGAAGAAGGCAUUAGGCCAGAUUUUAUGACCUACACUGCAUUAAUGGAUGGGUAUGGACGUUUAGGAUUGAUGGACGGUGCAUUUGAUACCCUUAGACGUAUGGUUGAUGCUGGAUGUGCACCUUCUCAGUAUACCUAUGCUGUAUUAGUUAAACAUCUUUCACAUGAAAAGCAUACUAAAGGAAAUGUAACUGAAGUCAGACUCGAUCUGAAAGGUGGGGUUCCUUUAAUAAACAUUGCUGAUGUAUGGAAAGUGAUGGAUUUUGGUACUGCUCUGAUGCUUUUUGAGAAAAUGACUGAAUAUGGUUAUGCACCUAAUUUGAACACGUACAGUGCGCUUGCUACUGGACUUUGUAGAGAAGGAAGAAUUGAAGAAGCUUGGAAAUUGUUUGAUUAUAUGCAUAAGCAUGGUUUGUCUCCUACAGAAGAUAUGUAUGAUUUGUUGAUAAACUGUUGCUGCAAGUUGAAAGUGCACGAGAAAGCCCUGCAGAUUCUUGGUAACAUGGUCAAGCAUGGUUUAAUACCACACUUGGAGUCCUUCAAAUUGCUUGUUUGUGGGUUAUAUGAUCAAGGCAAUAGUGACAUAGCGAAAGCAGUAUUCUGUUGGCUGCUAGAGUGUGGCUACAAUCAUGAUGAAAUAGCUUGGAAACUUUUAAUUGAUGGCUUACUUAAGAGGGGGCUUGUUGACAGUUGCUCUGAACUGCUGGACAUCAUGAAGAAAAAUAAUUGCCAGUUAAAUCCCCAAACAGAUUCAAUGUUAAUAGAGGGUCUUUUUGAGAGAACAUAGGGCGCAUAGAAUGGUGAUUCUGUACCUCUUAGACGAAUUCUUUUACUGUACUGGUUAGAGUUACAUGUAGUAUAUCUCACAUAUGUUGGAAGAGUCCUCAAUUUUAUAUGUGAAGGAAUAUUUCCAAUUGCGCUUCUUAAGAUAACACCUUGAUUGACUGAGACUUCUGAUUUGCCUCGUCAAAGUUCAAUGGAGCAGCCCAAUAAUUCAGGAUAAGCAAAUUCUUUCAAUGAAGGAGAGGCAAGUAGUCACUUACUAUUUUACGUAAGAUUGUUGUUCAACAGAGGUGAGGCAAGUGAACCGUCAGCGAAGUUGCUACACCUUCAUGGUUGCAGCAUCAAGAUGUUGUGCUUUCCUACCAGGGAUCUGUUAGAAGCAAUUCAAGCCAGAGCAUUGACAGAAAGUGGUUAAGUGUGAAGCUUCUCUCUCCAUUAGGACCUUUGCGUCCUUGAUCUUCUGAAAGAAAGCCUAGAUGGUUGAGAGGACAGAUUCAACAGAGUUCGGGGGCUUGAUGGACGUAUUUCUGUGGACGCACUUAUGCCUCCAACUGGGAAUUUAUCACUGCAAUAUGUUUUUUCAGAGUUAUUGCAUCGUGUGAUUAUUCCAUGGCUGCUGCUUGUUGCCUUUGUUGAAACUUAAAAGGCCUGAAAUCAAAAUGAAAACAGAAAAGCAAAAAAGAAAGAACGGAUGAGAAGAGAACGAGAACAGAAUAAAGAAAAUAGGCAAGGUUCUGUGUGUGUUCGUCGCAAGGAAAAAAAACAUUGAUCAAAGUAAGGAGGAGAAGCCGAUGAAGCAAACAAGGAUGAGUCAAAUGGAGUGGUGAAGUAGACGGAAGGAAGGAAGGAAAUGGUGUUCAGGGGAAGAGGACAGCAGAAGAAACAGGAGGAAUUUGUUGUAAUUGUUUGAUGGCUUUUAUGCUUUAAACUUUUGAGAUAUUCUAUAAUGACCCAUAACUUUUGAAACUGUAAAUUCACCCCUGAAUAUUUUAAUUUGGCAGCUUUAAAGUUCUAAAUUCAUCAACUAUGAAUCUGAACGACAGAUAUAUAACUAACCAA